GGGGCUGUGGGAGGAAGUAGGGCGCGAGGGCGUUGGCCGUGUGUGGGUGUCUGAGGCAGUUUUCCAGUUCUUUCAUUUACCAAAGUGAUAUGCAGCGACUAGGUGCCAGGUGUUUAGACGGACAUACAACCCUCUGCAGAAUCUUUCAGUGUAGUCCUCUGUAGGAAAAGUUUCCAACCAAGAAUUGCCACUGCACCUGAGAUAAGGGAGAUCCUGGGAGCCGUGAGGAACUAUACAAAAUGGGAAACUGGGACAAAUCCCAGUGGCUCAUGACAUUAAGAAGUAAAACUACGAACUCAAAACACUGAGCUGGAAGUCAUGCAACGGGAGUUGAAUAGGUAGCUGCACUUCUGUGAGAUUAUACAUAUUCCACGGAGGGUAACGAAACUAAAGGAGAAUGGAAGAAGACAGCCUGGAAGACUCAAACCUUCCUCCAAAAGUUUGGCAUUCUGAGAUGACAGUGUCAGUGACAGGCAAACCACCUAGUACCGUAGAAGAAGACGGACUACCUAAAGAAACAGACGUAGAAAUCAUCCCAGAAAUCCUAGAAACCCGAGAGCCACUCUCGCUUCCAGAUGUGCUGAGGAUCUCGGCAGUUCUAGAGGACACCACAGACCAGCUCUCUAUUCUAAAGUACAUCAUGCCCGUUCAGUACGAAGGAAGACAGAGCAUCUGCAUGAAAAGCAGAGAAAUGAAUCUAGAAGGAAAGAAUCUAGACAAACUUCCAGUGGCCUCAACAGUUACAAAAAUACCCAGUCCGCUAAUAACCAAGGAAGGACCCAACUUGCUAGAAAUCAGACAAGGAGGCCAGUUCGCUGUGGAGUUUCGCAAAACGCAGGAUCUUCUCUUCAAAAAACCUGCAAGGCAGACCAUCACGACUACGGAGACACUGAAGAAAAUUCAGAUUGAUAGGCAGUUUUUCAGCGAUGUGAUUGCAGAUACCAUUGAGGAGUUGCAAGAUUCGGGUACUUACAACAGUCUCCUGCAAACUUUGAGCAAAGAGAGGGAAAACAAAAUGCAUUUCUAUGACGUCAUUGCCAGGGAGGAAAAAGGAAGAAAACAGAUAAUAUCACUUCAAAAACAGCUAAUUAAUGUCAAAAAAGAAUGGCAAUUUGAAGUCCAGAGUCAGAAUGAGUAUAUUGCUAACCUCAAGGACCAACUGCAAGAGAUGAAAGCAAAAUCCAACUUGGAGAAUCGCUACAUGAAAACCAAUACUGAGCUGCAGAUUGCCCAGACCCAGAGAAAGUGUAACAGAACAGAGGAACUCUUGCUGGAAGAGAUUGAGAAACUCAGGAUGAAAACCGAAGAAGAGGCCCGGAUUCAUAUGGACAUUGAAAUGUUCCUUAGAAAGGAGCAGCAGAAACUUGAGGAGAGGCUAGAGUUCUGGAUGGAGAAAUAUGAUAAGGACACAGAAAUGAAAGAGAAUGAACUAAAUGCUCUCAAAGCCACAAAGGCCAGUGACUUAGCACACCUUCAAGAUCUGGCAAAGACGAUAAGAGAGUGUGAACAGGUCAUCAUUGAAGAUCGUAUAGAAAAGGAGAGGAGCAAGAAUAAGAUAGAACAGGAUCUCUUGGAAUUAAAGAGCGUCAUAAAGCUCCAGGCCUGGUGGCGAGGCACUCUGAUACGGAGAGAAAUUGGUGGUUUCAAGAUGCCUAAAGACAAAGUUGAUAGCAAGGAUUCAAAAGGAAAAGGCAAAGGCAAGGAUAAGAGGAGAGGCAAGAAGAAGUGACCAAGUUCUCUUCUGUCUUUUCCUCUGGUAUUCUGGAGGCGGGAAGGACUUAAGCGAGUUAAGAAACACCUGGUACCAUCAAAGAUGACGCAUCUACAGGUUGUUGCCAUUGAGACUUUCCCAGGGAAGCCUGAUUUCACUCUGCCUGAUAAUUUCACUCUGCCUGAUUUCACUAGGCCUGAUAAUUUCACUCUGCCUGAUUUCACUAGGCCUGAUAAUUUCACUGGGCCUGUUAAUUUCACUCUGCCUGUUACCCGGGUUUUCAAACCCUGAUUUAGGAUUAUACCAUUGACUUAGGGCUUCCUCACACCUUGCUGGGAAGAAGAGUUUCUGGUAGUCCUGUGAAGAUUCAUUCUUUCUCUUUCUCAGCGAACAAAGCAGUUCACUGGCUUAGUUACAGUGACGCUUGAAAACUUCAGUAAUUCCUGUAAUGUCUGAUUCUGAUUUUACCCAAUUUGUAGUGAAAAAACUCUUAUAAGCAAAAGUAUUCAGUAGGAAUUACCAGAUGAUGUUAUUAGCUGUCCAGCAUAAUAUAUACACAGUAAAGUUUUAAUAAAUGUUGGUUCCUGCCUGCCUUUUAGAUUUAUCGUCACUCUGGUGUUUUUCUUGGG